AUGCGCCGCCGUGGCCUUGCGGUGGUUACGGCGAUUGCGCUCGGUGCUGGUUCUGCCUGGUUGACGUGGCAGAAGAACAGCCCCGAAGCACCAGAGGGAGCGAAACAGCUGUCAGGGCGACGGCAGGCACUUUCCACCGCCACAGCCGGGGCAGCAGGCUUGACGGAGAGAGCUGAGGCAGCCGAGGCGGAGACCGAGCAGCCUCUGACCUACUGUGGCGGUGGCUUCUGCACUUCCUUCAGCCUCGGUGGCCGGCAAUUCCGUGGAGUCGUGGACACGGGGAGUCCCUUCCUGCUGGUCAGCACGUGCGACGAUGGACGAGGAGCUUCGGGCCGGAGUUGCACUUCCUACUGCAGUGCCUGGGGAUGCACCACAGCUGCCAAAGGGCGUCCAUCUGGUCUGGAAGAUACCGAUGAGGUCUUUGCCGCCGGCACGGCGAGGGUAAGCUGGCGAAAGGAUUCCCUGGAGCUGGGGGGUCGGCCCUUUGGGUCCAUCACCUACGGCGUGAUGCUCGAGGUGGAGUCCUACGGCGGCAACGGCGGUGGCGCCUUCCUCGGCCUCGUCCGAGAUCGCCAAGCCCGGAUCCGGCCGACCCUGGUGGGGCAAACGGAUGUCAGGACACUGUCCAUCGACCUCCGUCCUGGCCAAGAGCGCCUCGCCUUCUCGCGGGCAGCCCCCUUGCAGGGAGACGGGGCCAUGGUGCCACUUGUGGACCUUCGCGGCUCCGGGGCGGCUGUGCGGUACUAUGCCGCUGAGGUUGCCGCUCUGAAUGUGGGUGGCAGGCCUUUGGAAGUUGAAGGUCCUCUGGUAGCGGUGCUGGACACAGGAACAACAGGGCUUGGGCUGCCCUCCGCGCUGUUCGCGCGCUACGAUGCGCAGCGGCGUGAGCGGGCCGAGGAGCUUGGCCUCAAAGCAGGGCAGGCUGUUGAGAUUCUGCUCAAAGCAGCAGAUGGAGGCGUGCUGCCUCUGAGCUUGCGCCAAGGCCGACAAGCACCCUAUGAAUCGGACCGCUUCGACAUCGUCACGGCAAUACCCGAGCCUCCAGGCAUCGCCCCGGAUGCACUGGCACUUUGGACAGGAGAUCCCGUGGGUGCCAAGCGCCUGACGCUGCGCGAAGGGGAUUUGGUUGCCGAGGCCAUGGAAGUGCGCGCUUCUCAGCGUGGCUGGGUGCAGGCAGACAGGCCGGUGAGCCAGGGAGACCGCUUCCUCGUUCGAUUGGUUGGCCGCACAGCUGGGCGCCGGCUCAUGGAUGCGGCUGUUGGCCUUGCACCACGUGGCUCUCGACUCACGGCCGAGGAGGCUGCGGCAUUUCCGGGCGAAUUGCAGUCUGGCGAUCUCGUUGAGUGCUUGCUGUCAGACGACGGAUCAGGCCGUGUCCUGUGGCGAAUCAACGGUGGCAAGGCCGUUUAUUCCUCGGAGCCUUUUGAAACGGCGAGGAACGUCUACCCAACUGUCGAGCUGGGCCCUGGUGCCGGCUCUGUGGAGCUCCUCUCCGCGCCCGCGGGCAACAGCUUCGAUGAGGGUUUGGGCCGCUGGGCGCGGCCUCCGUCUGAGGCAAGGUCUCGACCUACCGUUCUCUUCCUUGGCCUUGGCUUCUUAUUGGGGCGGAAGCUGAGUAUCGACACUGUGGCCAACCGUUCUGUCGCCGCCCUGGAGCCCAAUCAGUUUGGCCUGACAAAGAACGUGGUAUCAGGCUCCAUUGCUCCGCAUGUCCUGAGAGGCGGCCUUCACAUCCUGGGCCCCCUGAGGAGCUUCAUCGUGUUUCCAGCGGCCCAGGGCACACUGGAGUUCUCCAUGGUUUCGCCAGACCGACAACCGGUGAAGACUCGAACAGGUGCUGACCCGCAGGACCCUGAUAGUGGGGGCCAGCCGAUCUCCAUCUCUUGUGCGGUGCAGGUGCAGUUCGUAGAGGAGACGCUCCAACAGGUGUAUUUGUCCUUCGGCAGCUUCGAAGCUGCGAGGCAGAGACAACUACUUCUGGCUGGAAAUGUAGUGAGCAACACAGCGCAAGAAUACACGCCUACCGACUUCUGGACUAAGCGUGAUGACAUUGCAGCAAGGAUGCUGGAAAAGAUCAACGGCACCCUGUGGCGCCAGGCUUAUGUCAAAGCGAUGCAGUUCGAGAUCAUGAAGGUUGACUUCGCAAAGCAGUUCGAAGACUCCAUCACCGCCGUGCAGGUCGCCGAGCAGGCAAAGGUUGUCAACGAGUACGAGCAGCAGGUGCAGCGCGUGGUGCAGCACAUCUCUGUCAUGAAGUCAGAGAACGAGGCUGCCAUAGCCAACAUUUCGGCGGGUGCGGAAGCCAAAUCCAAGGAGAUUCGGGCGGCAGCUCGCCGUGAUGCCUUCAACCUGAAGCAGGGUAUGAAGGCACAGAAAUACUCCGAGCUCCAGAAAAAGUUGGAGUUGAACGGAGUGCAGAUGAGCGAGUACUUCAAGAUCAAGUCAGUGCAAGGCCAGAGCAGCAGCGGCAAGGUCGUGGUCGGCCUGCCUACUGUUGGCCAGCGAUCGCUCGAGGCUGGCCCGAAGCAUCCCGACCUCUAG